AACAGCGGUGACGAAGAGAUCGUCGUCACGAUGUCCAAGUACAGAAGUACUAAAGUCAGUCGAUCUUCGUGCGCAAAAGUAUUGAUCGGCACAGAAUAUGGGCGCAUGCGCCCAAUCGUUGAUAGAGGUAAAGCUCCGUCUGGGGUUGUCUCUCAGAGCGUUGAGCCAUGUGCGGUGACUGGGGACCGGAGAUGAUCCUCCGGGUGCUUGCGGCGGUCCUCCUUGCCAUUGGUUCGGCCGCCGAUGAACGCCUUCAAGUUUGCAUUGACGGCUUCGUCGUCCACAAAGACAAGAUCAUUAGGACGCAAGAUUCAAGAAAUAUGGGUGCCAAGUACCUUACCGUCGUCGACGUCGAGGCUAGAAUCGACUGCAUGAAGUGGUGCUGUGAGACAGAGCACUGCGACGUGUUCAUUUUCGAGGAGAAGAAACCAGGAAGCUGUUAUCUAUUUCAUUGUGGACCACCACAAGAUUUCAAAUGCAAAUUCACAUCCCAUUUGAAUUACAGCAGCGCUGUACUGACGAAUUAUAAUCUCCAAAACACCGCUGCUUUAGAAGAACAAAUUCGUCGAACCGAGCAGGAACAUGAACUUCAAUCCUUACGAAAAGUAGAAUCGCCAUCCAAGGAAUACAGUUACUAUACUGAGCCGCCAACUAUAACUUCAACAACUAUUGCUUAUGUACCACUUACUCUAUCAACGCAAUCGGCAACUGUAAAAAGUCAAGCGUGCAGUCAUAAUCAGUUCGAGUGUCGCUCGAGCGACGAUUGCAUAGCCAUAUACAACGUCUGCGACGGCAUACCCCAAUGCACGGAUGGCUCGGACGAGGCCACCGACCUCGGCUGCCCCGUUGACAAGACUACGAUUGCACCGCCACUCUCGUCCCUGUCACCCAUCGCCGUCUCUCCCAAGCCGUACGUACUACUACCUCAGGAAGUUUUCAGGUACCAGCAAAUGAUUCAGAAACAGCAGCAACAACAACAGCAGACCCAUAUAGAAAAAUCAUAUCGAAAUAGUGUUAUCAUUUACUCGAUGAUAUACCCCGAGAGACAUAGUCACGAAGGCGCUAAAGGAUGGGCGAUUAAUAAUCCAAAUCUUCAUCAAAUCGGAGUAUCACAGGAAAUGGCUUACAAUGGACGUGGCUAUAAUCCUCAGCAACAAAUGCAAAUACAACAAUCACCGGAUGAGUCUUUCGGGGGCAGUGGCUACGUCGGCUUGGACCAACAACUACCAUUCAACUACAAGACGUCCGGUUAUCAAUGGAGCAAUUACCAAUCGCCAAUUUUUGAACAGAACGUCAAUAAAGUCAAUGACGAAGCUGCCUACGAUAUGAUUAGAGCUCAGAACGUUUUGCCGCCCAAUUACGAGCAAGAGCGGCCGUCACGUAUUUUCAAUCACAAAGGGCCAAGUAUGCACUUCGAUGAUGUCGAAGCAGUGAACGGCAUUUACGGACAGGAUUCCUCCAAUCGAGGUUACCUACCGUAUUAUCCGAUCGCCAAUCACCAUGAGAAUUCCUGGCAAGAUGGUAAUUCGGCUCAAUUGGUGCGUACGUCCGCUCCAUCAUCAAUGACACGUCAACAGGAGGAGCAACCCGACGACGAAGCGAAAAAGCAAUCGAUCGCUUCAACCUCCGCAUCACCGUGCGAUCCAGUAACGAAGCAGGAAGAUGUUGCUAAGACGCAAAAUAAUAGUGAAAGGAAAUUGGAUAAUAAAGAAAGUAAUGGCACGAAUCAGUCAAUGAUAACGAAGGAGAAAGAUAAAAGUAAUAAUAAGCAGCAAGAAACUCAUGAAAAUAAAUUAUCACUUGAAAGUGACGCCAAAACGAAUAAUCAUAAAGCUCACGAGCUCGAGUUACGAACGCUGGCGGAGACGCAGCACCAGGAGCACAAGUUGGAAUACCCGGCGGUAAUGGAGCAUAUCCGCCACCACAGCGCUGAGCUCGACCAUCUCGAGAUGUCGCGACCCAAAGGUGCCGUUAUAUCCCUGGCACUCGGACUCACCGUUACAGCCGUCAUGGCCGUCCUUAUCGCCUGUCGGCUCCGAGUCGUCAAGCGCCGAGGUCGCGGCAGGGGUCACGACAACUACUCGCACGAUGCCGACUACCUCGUGAACGGAAUGUACCUUUGAGGCGCCCCGAGGUGGAGCCUCGUGGAGGAGCAGCUGCGUAAUAAGAGAGUCCUGGCGGCGA